CAUAGUGCUGUGUGUGAGAGAGAGAGAGUGAGUGAGAGAGAGAGAGAGAGAGAGAGAGAGAGAGAGAGAUCUAUAGCCGUAAUCAAACACUGAGGCAGAAUAUAAUUGUAAUAUUAUAAGGUUAUAUAUCUGACAGUGUGUGCGGCGGAAGUGGACACAGGCGGUGCAUCGCUCAAACCCGUCCGUGUGCGCUGAUCAGCAUGGCGGCGGUACGGCUUCUGUGCCCACGGUCAGCGCUCAGACUGCGGCUCACCUGCAGCCAACAGAGCCGAGUGUGUGUAGUGCGCGGACACAGACUCGGCCCUUUCGAUGAUGAGCAAUACCAGAAGACCUCCGUGUCCAUCAUGCAGAAGGAAGCUCCAGCAGGAACCGUCAUCUACAGCUACAGCCCUCGAGGAUUCAACAUCAACGGAAACACCGUGUUUGGGCCGUGUGCUGUCCUGCCGCCCGCCAUCCUGCAGUGGAACGUGGGCAGUCACUCAGAUAUCUCGGUGGAGAGUCUUUCUCUGUUUUACCUGCUGGAGCCGCAGAUCGAGGUGCUGGUGUUGGGGACCGGGGCCCGCACAGAGCGCCUGCAUGCAGGAGUGCUGGAGGAGCUGAAGAAGAGAGGCAUCGCUGUGGAGGUUCAGGACACGCCCAACGCCUGCGCAACCUUCAACUUCCUGUCCAGCGAGAGGCGUCUAGCAGCGGCCGCUCUGAUCCCGCCCCCGGCCGGCAGCAGGUGAAGCAGAGCAUCAUGGGAGAUGAAGUCACCUCACGUUUGUGUGUGUGCGUGAGUCUGAAUGUAGAGGGAAUAAACAGAUUGUGUGUGUGUGUGUGUGUGUGUGCUAAUCUGGUAAUCUGUCUCUCUGUCCUCUGUGAUAGUGGGUUAAUCUGAGCUCAUAUCUGAACACACACACACACACACACACAGAUGAUCAGAUUGACUGGAGCUGCUGAUCUGUGUUUAUAUGAUGCUGUGUCCUCCUGUACGCUCCUCAUAACACACUGCAGACAGAGUUGUGUUCAGAUGUGCUGUAGAACAGGAUGUUGGAUCAAUAAAUGAUGACAGGUUUCCCA